AUGUCGGAACUUAAUCUUUCUAACCCUCCAAAAAUCAUUGCUUCUGAUGGAAUCGCUCAAAUUGAAGUUUUUUCUGCAAAUGAAUCAAAUACCAAAGGAAUUCAAUAUUGCAAGGGCUUUAUUAAUGGCAACGAAACUUCAAAAACUGUCGAUUUAAUUGUCAAAGGGGGCUUACCUACGUGGUUAAAAGGUGAAUUCUUUACUGUGGGUCCAAGUACUUAUGAUAUAAAAUAUACAAAAAUGAUCGGUACUGAAGAAGGUUACGAAAGUGAGCUUGACGCGUAUGAUCUUACCCCUACACGUGUGUUUUCAUGGGAUGAAUUGGAUCCAAUGGUUAAGGGUGAUCAUGCAUCUCCCCAUUCUCAUUUCGAUGAGGCUACUGGAGAAUUGAUCAACUUUAAUAUGGAGUAUCAUACUAUGG